AACUUUUGUAAUCACAAGUUUCGUUUUCAGUCGAUCAUACUAUGUCAAAGUGACGAAGUUGCCCUGGAAGCCAAAUAUGUGAAAUAAUUUAAUUAUUUUUUUACAUGUUAUUGUCAUUGACACAGAUUGUUAUAUAAAUGUCACUGUCAUUGAGACAAAUUGAGGUUAAACUAAUUAAACUAUUUAGGCAUUUUACAUUUUUUGUUUCCAGAGCCUCCCCUUAGUACAAUUUAAAAAACAUGCUAUAGAUAAUUUUCAGAAUUGCUACGUAUUUUCAUUUAUCGUGAAUGUUUAGGUAUUUGUUUUGUUUUAGAAUUCACAGAAAUGAAAAACCCAUCUGUGAUCAUAAUUGGUGCAGGAGUUGCAGGAAUUGCUGCAGGAACUAAACUACUCGAAAAUUCUAUAGAGAACGUAUUAAUUCUAGAGGCCGAAGACAGAAUUGGUGGCAGAAUACAUAGCAUGGAAUUUGGUGAUUCGUUUGUUGAACUAGGAGCGGAAUACUGUCAUGGAGAAAAAAAUAAUAUUACGUAUGAACUCGCUAAAGAUUUGGAUGUCUUAGAACCAGGAGUUGAACCAAUGGAUGAACAUAUUUACUACUCGAACGGUUCCAAAUUAGACUGUGAAUUCAUACAGGAAUUGAGAACUCUUAUUCUCGAUUAUCAAAUUAAUGAAAUUGAUAACAAUAACACAAAAGGAAACUCUAUAGGAAAAUGCUUUAUGCAAAGGUAUAAUUCAACAGUAUUGAAGAAAUAUGGAAGCAACGAAGAAUAUGAGCAGAUUUUAAAAGAAGGUGUGAGAUUUGCAGAAGGUUAUAUCCUAAUGGUCGAAGGCACAUUUUCUUGGGAAGAUUCAUCGGCAGAGAGCAGCUACAUAGUUUGUGAAGGAGAUCAAUCUUUGGUUUGGAAAAAACCCGGCUAUAAAACACUUCUAGAUAUUUUAAUAGGAUCAUACCCUGACUCCAACAAAAGAAAACUUCCACACAAUAAAAUUCGGCUAAAUACAAAAGUAGAAAAAAUUUGUUGGGACCAAAAAAAUAAUACCGUUCGUGUCAUAACAUCUGACAAAAUAUGCCACUCGGCUGACUACGUCAUUUUUACUCCUUCACUUGGCGUGUUAAAACAAAAUAAAGACACAUUGUUUCACCCUCCACUACCAUUGUCAAAACAAGAAGCCCUCGAGGCAACAGACAUGGGUGGCGUGAUGAAAGUCGUAAUUCGUUUUCCUGAAAAAUGGUGGAAAAGCGAAGAUCGAGCUUUUUCGUUUUUCUGGAGUGACGAAGAUUUAAACAGGAUAGAUUUCACAGAAGGACCAAAGAGUAAUGGCGUUUCUUGGGUCGCACAGUUUAGGGACAUUUCUCAAGUUUUACACAAUGCCAACGUUUGGAUUGGGUGGUUUGGUGGAGAUUUGAUACCUGAAAUUGAAAAGUUGUCUAACGAUGUGUUGAAAAGAGGGUGUCAGUAUGUUUUGGAUAAGUUUUUAAGUAGAGAUUAUGAUGUAGGAAAUAUUGAUACAAUUAUAGCGACUAAAUGGUGUACCAGUCCAAAUUUUGAGGGUGCGUAUUCGUACGUAAAAAAUGGAAAGUAUAAAGAAAAUUUAACGUAUCAAGAAGAAUUAGGUCAGCCCUUGCGAAAUGAUGACGGGAAACCUAUGGUGCUGUUUGCAGGGGAAGCCACAAGUUCUACUCAUUAUGCAACAGUGCAUGGCGCUAUCGAAACUGGAUUUCGAGAGGCGAAAAGAAUUUUGGAGUUUCAAGGACGUUCAAGUUAAAUUAAUUAUUAAAACAGUUCAUAUCAAAAGAAUAAAUUGCACUUAUAUCUGUCUGA